AUGAUGGAAUCUGGUCUGCCGCCAUCCGCAGAGCCUCCACACAUCAACAGCAGCAGCUUCGUCAACCACAGCAACAGCAGCUGGAGCAGCCUUCCUGGUGGAGACUGGCUGAGGAGCAAUCACACCCUGACCCUGAAUGACCACAUCCACAACGCCCUGCUGGGGGUCUUCCUGGGACUCCUGUCACUGCUCACCGUCAUCAUGAACCUGCUCGUACUUUACGCUGUGAAGAAAGAGAAGAGCCUCCACACUGUGGGCAACCUCUACAUCGUCAGCCUGUCGGUGGCCGAUCUGAUCGUAGGCUCCACAGUUAUGCCUUUGAACCUUGUGUAUUUGUUGGAGGACGAGUGGAAGCUUGGACGGGCCGUCUGCCAGUUCUGGCUGAUAAUGGACUACGUGGCAAGCACAGCCUCCAUUUUUAGCUUGUUUAUCCUGUGUUUGGACAGGUACCGCUCAGUCAGACAGCCGCUGAAAUACCUGAAAUAUCGAACGCGGGGAAAAGCUAGCGUGAUGAUCUGUGGAGCCUGGCUGCUGUCGAUGAUGUGGAUUAUUCCUAUUUUGGGGUGGAGGUCUUUCACCCACGUGGACCUUAAGCCUGAGGAGGAGAACAAGUGUGACACAGACUUUCGUUUUGUCACGUGGUUUAAGGUCAUCACUGCAGUUUUCAACUUCUACGUGCCCUUGGUCUUGAUGCUGUGGUUCUACACACACAUCUACUUGGCAGUGAGGCAACAUCUCAGGGACAGAGAGCGAAUCAUUCAUCCCACCGAUUCAUUUGCAGAAAAUGAGAACGGUCGAAAUGCUCAAAGCCCUGAGAAAAAUGACUCCAAAUCACACAAGAGGGAAAGCGAGGCUCCAGUGAAACUAUCUAAAAAACAUCGACUGCUGGACCAGAACACGCUCGAUCAGACGUAUUCCCUUGAGGAAGCUGAGAAAACCAAAACCGCUCCCUCGAGAGCUCACAGAAAAAUUGGUGUUAAAUGCCAACAGACGUCAUUACUUACGAUGACAACAAAACGACUGAGGAGGGCACGAAAGGCUAAAAGCUGCUCCUUGUCUCCUGAGAAGCAGACAGAUGCUGACAUCCCCCUGAGUCAAGCGUCCGGGCCGCCGGACGCCGUCUGCUCAGGGCCCAACAAUGACAGCAAACUCCAGGCAUCCUUAAAUGAAUGUCACGUCACAGUGCCGAACUCUGUGAGCAGAGUCUGUGACAUCAGUCAGGUAACAGACGUGCAGAGAUACACGUCUGUGCUGUACAACAACUAUGACCCCAGCCAGCCUCCGCCGUGGCCCGAGGAAGGCGGAGAAAACGCCACCUUAGAUCCAGAUAACGCAGUGACUCUGAGACAGGCGUGGCAAAGGUUUAUUGACCAGUCGCGCCAGCGUAUCCGAAGUCUGAGGAUCCGUAAGGAGCACAAAGCUGCCAAGCAGUUGGGCUUCAUCAUCGCUGUGUUCUUGUUGUGUUGGAUACCUUACUUUAUCGCUUUCAUGGUCAUGGCCUUCUGCAGAGAGUGUGUGCACCAUGACCUCCACAUGUUCACCAUCUGGCUCGGGUACGUGAACUCCACUCUCAACCCUUUCAUAUACCCACUCUGCAACGGAAACUUCAAACGGGUCUUCAAAAAUAUUCUUAAGAUUCGUUUGUGA